GCGGCACUACGCAGUGCCCCGCCGCCAUUUUGGUUGGGCUUGCGUCGCUUCCGCUGCCGCGAAGUAAACAGAGAGGCAAAGGGGGGGGAGUGUAGAGGAGCGGUGGGACGAAGCGAGCCGAGCGGGACGUGCCGCCGCGUGAAGGAGGUGCCGGGAUCGGCUGCGGUGGAGGGGCUCAUGUGGCCGGAGUGGAGGCGGCGGCGCGGCCCGAGCCCCGGUUGAUGCGAGGCGCAGCAGGGAGCCGCCAGAAUGAAACGAGGAAGGAAGACUAAUGAGGCCAACAGCAGUUCAUCUGAAGAGACAGCUGAAAAAGAAUCCAAGAGACACAAGAGCGUAGAUGACAAAACCACAAUUGUACAGGGUCCUGACUGGGGUAACCUGCUCCAAGACAUUAUCCUGCAGGUAUUUCAGUACUUGCCCCUUUUGGAUCGUGCUCAUGCAUCACAGGUCUGCCGAAGCUGGAACCAGGUAUUUCAUAUGCCUGAUCUCUGGAGGUGUUUUGAGUUUGAACUCAAUCAACCGGCUACAUCUUACUUGAGGGCUACACAUCCUGAACUGAUCAAGCAAAUAAUAAAGAGGCAUUCCAAUCACUUGCAGUAUGUAAGCUUCAAGGUUGACAGUAGCAAGGAAUCUGCAGAAGCAGCUUGUGAUAUUUUAUCACAGCUUGUGAACUGCUCUCUCAAAACUCUUGGACUAAUUUCAACAGCCCGACCAAGCUUCAUGGAUUUACCAAAGUCUCACUUUAUUUCUGCACUGACAGUGGUGUUCGUAAACUCCAAGUCACUCUCUUCACUUAAGAUCGAUGAUACACCAGUAGAUGAUCCGUCUCUCAAAGUGCUAGUGGCUAACAACAGUGACACGCUCAAACUCUUGAAAAUGAGCAGUUGUCCUCAUGUGUCUCCGGCUGGAGACCACUCUCCUACUGACAGACCCGGAGACUGCAAGUUCAAACAUGGUCUCUACCAAAUGGCAGGCUUGCCCCGAGAAGACUGUGGUGACCCAGACGGAGGGCUUGCCCAGAAAUGUGGCGGUUCAGGUCUGUGGCUGCAGGGAGUGCCUGAGCCUGCUGCUGCCGGGGGAGGAUGGAGAGGGCACCACCUGAGGUGCGAGCAAGUGGAUGAGCUGCUCAGCGUGGUGAUGGAGCUUAGGAAGGAGGUACAGAGAUUAAGAACCAUCAGAGACUGUGAGAAGGAGACAGACUGGUGGUGUGACUCUCUGCGAGAAAGAAGCAGAGAUUGCAACCCCCAAACUGUAGUGGACCCUCUCCCUUGCCAUGGUCAAACCAAGAGAGCCAACUUGAGAAGAGAGGAGGAAUGGCAGCAGGUCCCAGCUCAGAGACGCAGGCAGUGCCCAUUCCGACCAACCUCAGUUCCCCAGGUGCCUCUAUGUAAUAGGGUUGAAGCCCUGAAACUGGAGGAUGAAGUGGCUGAGAAUGAGGUGGGAGGACUGCCUCCAAGCUUUUCUAAGGAGAGGUAGUCAGCUCCACGCUUGAAGACUGCCUCCUCCAGUAAAGAAAGGAGGGUGAUAGUCAUAGGGACUCCCUUCUAAGAAGAACUGAGGGCCCAAUAUGUCAGCCUGCCCCUACCUGUAGGGAGGUGUGCUGCCUCCCUGAGGCCCAGAUCAGGGAUAUUUCUAGAAAACUUCUUAGUCUGAUCUGCCCCUUUGAUUAUUAUCCUCUGUUGAUAGUCCAGUGGCAAUGAUGAGGUCGCUGACAGAAGCCUGAGGACUAUAAAAAAUGAUUUUCUGGGAUUGAGAAGGUUAGUUGUUGGAGCAGGCGUACAAGUAGUAUUUGCCUGUGGCGGGAAGGACUCUGAGAGAAGCAGGAAAACUCACCUUAUAAACACAUGGCUGAGAGGCUGGUGCCAAUGCAAAAAUUUUGGGUUCUUUGAUCAUGGGGCUGUCUACUCGGCACUUGGUAGGAAGGCUGCCGAUGGGUAUCAUUUAUCCCAAAGGGGGAAAUGGAUCCUUGCCCAGGAGUUGGCGGGACUUGUAGAGAGGGCUUUAAACUAGAUAAGAAGGGGGAAAGGGAUAAAACCAGGCCUGCUAGAAAUGAGCCUGGGGGAGUGGUAAUGGGAUUAGGGGUGAGGUGAGGGGCUCAGCUGAAGUGCAUCUACACAGCUUGGACAACAAACAAGAAGAGUGGGAAGCCAUUGUGCGCCAGGCUAACUGAUGACCUAGUUGCCAUUACAGAAACAUGGUGGGACCUCUUCCAUGACUGGAUUGCUGUAGUGGCUGGCUACAAACUCUUCAGGAAGGCUAGGCAAGGAAGGAGGGGUAGAGGCGUGGCUCUCUAUAUUAGAGAGUGCUUUGAUGUCAUUGAGCUUGAGGCUUGGGAUUAUAGAGUUGAAUCCCUAUGGGUAAAGAUCAGGGGAAGAGCUGACAAGGCAGACUUCUUGGUGGGCAUCUGCUACAGACUGCCGAGCUAGAAUGAAGACACAGAUGAGGAGUUCUACAAGCAGCUGGUGGAAGCUGCGUGAUCGCCCGUCCUUGUCCUCAUGGGAGAGUUCAACUUCCCUGACAUACGCUGGAAAUACAACACAGUGCAGAAGAAGCAGUCUAGGAGGUUUCUGGAGUGCAUGGAGGAUAACUUUUUGAUGCAGCUGGUGAGAGAGCCAACGAGAGGAGCUGCCCUGCUAGACCUGCUGCUCGCAAACAGAGAAGGUCUGGUGGGAGAUGUGGAGGUCAGGGGCUGUCUAGGACAGAGUGACCAUGAAAUGGUAGAGUUUUCAAUUCUUGAUGCAGCCAGGAGGGAGAACAGCAAAACUGCUACCUUGGACUCACGAAGGCUACUAGGGGGAAUCCCCUGGGUUUCAGUCUUAGAGAGAAAAGGGGUCCAAGAUGGCUGGUCACUCUUCAAGAAGGAAGUCUUAAAGGCACAGGAGCUGGCUGUCCCUCUGAGCCGUAAAAUGAGCCAGCGGGGGAGAAGAUCAGCGUGGAUGAAUAGGGAGCUAUUCUUGAGGCUCCGGGAGAAAAAGAGAAUUUACCUCCUGUGGAAGAAGGGAUAGGUGACUCAGAAAGAGUACAGAGAAUUUGUUAAGAUGUGUAGAGAGAAAAUCAGAAAGGCAAAAGCCCAGCUUGAACUCAACCUUGGCCUCUGGAGUAACAAGGAACAAGAAACUCUUUUACAAACACAUCAAUGGUAAGAGGAGAACUAAGGAGAAUCUCCGUUCUUUAUUGGACGAGGCUGGGAAUGUGACCGCUGAGGCUAACGAAAAGGGAGACGUUCUGAAUGCCUUCUUUACGUCUGUCUUUAAAGGUCAGACCAGUUAUCCUCAGGGUACUCCACUCUCUGGCCUGGUAGUCUCAGCUGGGAUGUGGACAGAACUCCCCGCAAUUUGGGAGGACUCAGUCAGAAACCUGCUACUCCAGGUGGGCUGUCACAAGUCCAUGGGACUGGAUGGGAUUCACCUGAGAGUGCUGAGGGAACUAGCAGAGGUGAUAGCCGAGCCACUUACCAUUAUCUAUCAGUGCUCCUUGUUGACUGGUGAGGUCCCAGAAGACUGAAGACUUGCCUGCGUGACUCCCAUCUACAAGAAGGGUUGU